AUGGGAAUGUCCAACAAAACUGAUUCCAAGGCAAAGAAAGAGAAAACAGUGACAACAUGGCAAAAGAAAAAGAAUAAAUAUGUUAAGAAAAUAGGCAAGCGACUUUUUAGUUUUGAAAACUCUUCAGAUGAGGAGGACAUCGACGUCAAAAAGUUUGGUGACGACGACGAAAAUGAUGACCUUUUUGAUCCAAGCAAUCCAAACAUUCAACUUUGUGCCAUAUGCAAUGAAUAUAGAACGAACGAACUGUGGUACAGAUGCACUUGCUGUAGCAAGUGGAUUCGCCUGUAUUUGUGCUCGGAGUUGCUGUUUCCUGAGAACGAGACGGAUAUGUUUUACCUGAUGGCUUGUCGUACCGAAAGAGGUUUGUACCUCAACCUUGAAGACUACCGUAGAGACACCUGUGCUAGAUGUUAUUUCUACCUUCCUCCUUUUGCCUUUCGAGACGAUAAUAGUCGACUCGUUUACGAUGCAUCCACAGGUUAUCUCAUCGAUCCAUGGGCCAAUAAAACUUAUGAUGCAGAUCCAGAGAACGUCAGCCAUCCUGCUUACGCAACGUUUCAGUCGGAUCUGUUCGCUCGCAAAUGGAUUGCAUGCUGCCGAGCAGCGUUGGAUUGCUGUAGUCAAAUGAUUUCCGAUCCACAGCCUAAUGACACAGAAUUCCUUUUAUGUCCUCGUACUUGGGAUGGCUGGCAGUGUUGGCCAGAUACUCCAGCUGGACAAGUAGCUGAAGAAUUAUGCGAAGAACACAUUUAUUUCAUGAGUGAACCUCCCCCAUGUCCAAGAUUUGCUUCGAAGCAAUGCCUGUCGAAUGGUUCUUGGUUUAUUAAUGAUUGGGACAGUGAGUGGAGUAACUACAGCGGAUGUGGUAGGAUCCAGGGUAUUAGAAGACUUCAAUAUUUCCACAUCGUAACGUAUGCAGUGUCGAUAUUAUUCUUACUUCCAGCACUAAUAAUCUUCAUCAUUUAUAAGCAAUUGCAAGUGUAUAGGAUUACCAUGCACAAGAACCUAUUCACGGCAUUGUUGUUCAAUGAUUUCAUGUGCAUCGUUUUCAAAUGCUACGUAAUUUUAGAUGAGUUAGAACAUGCUGGAGACAGACGGACCAUCUUGGAAGACAAUGGGGUUGUUUGUAAAGUUCUUUACAUAGCAACCAAGUACACUCGCAUGACGACAUAUAUGUGGAUGUUUUGUGAAGGGUUUUAUUUGCAUAAGCUUAUAGCAGCUUCGUUUGCUGAGCAAAAGUCAAUUCAAAUGUUUUAUUUCAUAGGAUGGGUUUUCCCAGUUUUCCCAGUUGGAACCUUUGCUCUCCUUAGAUGGUACUUUGCAGACGAGGAAUGCUGGGCAGUGCCUGUGAAUCCAUACGAAUGGGUCACGAACAGUCCAAAUCUCUUGAGCCUUGUACUCAAUUUCGCAUUCCUGUGCAAUAUCAUCCGCGUCCUGGUGACGAAGCUACGAGCGACGCAUACGAAUGAGCCGAGUCAGUUCAGGUGA